AUGGCCUGUACCGUUGCUGUCGAGUCAGUGAUUUCUGAACACUACAACAAUCAAAUUCGUGAGCUUGUUGAAAGUGACGCUGAAACCUACCAAGAAUUGCUGCAGACACUAGCCCAGUUUCGGGAUGAAGAAAUGGAGCAUCAUGAUACAGGCCUUGAACAUGAUGCUGAACAGGCUCCUUUCUAUAAUAUCAUGUCUCAAAUAAUUAAAGCGGGUUGUCGAGCAAUCUCUGGAUUUCAUUAUAUUGAAGUUACAGUCUUCAAUAGAAAAAACCAAGGUCAGUCUAUAAUGACCUGGGUUCUCCUCUGGUUCUUAUACGCAUUUGUUCAAUGCGAUGACGAAAAAUUAGAUACCCAUUUUGUUGGAGUUCAUCGAUCGGCUUCAUAUGUAUUUCAAAAAAUUGAUACUAAUAGCAAUGGAUUCAUUGAAGACGAUGAAUUAGCAUCAUGGAUCUAUAAAACUUAUGAAUCUUUGGAUCGUGAGCAUGCUAAAAAACAACUUACAAGAUUUGAUGUGAAUGAAGACGGAAAAGUUUCGUUCGAAGAGUAUAUAAAUCAAACGUAUGAGACUUCUGAAGAGGAAUUAAGACAUUCAAAAGACGACAAAUCGUCAAAAUUUAUUUUGGAAUUAUUAAAAGAUGAACGAUUACGUUUCAACUUUGCUGAUAAAGAUAAUGAUGGUUUAUUAUCACUAGAAGAAUUCACUUUAUUCUUACGACCUGAAAAUUAUGAAGAUAUGGCAAAUUAUGAAUUGCAAAAAACUUUUCCAUUUACAAAUUUUUCCUAUCGAGGUGUAUCACAAGAGAAUUAUUUGCAUGAACAAUUCAGUAAUCUUGACGUUGAUAAAAAUGACAUACUCAUUCUGGAUGAAUUACGGCCAUGGUUAUUGCCUUCUUUAAAAGCGGCUGCAAAAUCAGAAGCAACACGAUUAAUGGAUCUCACAGAUUCUAAUCAUGAUGGUAAACUUACAUUAGAAGAAAUCUUGGCUAAAUCACAUUCAUGGAAAGAUAGUCAAGUUGUUAAACAUGCGCGAUCAUUAUGGGAUGAAUUGUAG